GUUGAUGGACAUCUAAAAAUAAGUUCCUCUAUUUAUCUGUGACUAACACAUCACGAAAAGAAAAAAAAAAAAAAAACCCAAAACAUUUACCAGUGUAUGAAUUUGACCAAUUAAGGAGAUACAAUCAUGCUGAAUAGAUGGACUUAUUUAUUUCAAGUGUGAGUGAGUGGAAACCGGAGCCUGCUGCCUGCGUGCCUGCCUGGGUAUUUCGUUAAAGCACAUCAGCGGCCACUGCCAUGGCUGAACGCCGCGCCUUCGCCCAAAAAAUCAGCAGGACUGUGGCAGCAGAGGUCAGGAAGCAGAUAGCUGGCCAGUAUGGGGGCUCCCCACAACUAUUCAAAAACCUUAAUGUUGGGACCACAACAAGCAACACAGUUCCCCUCACAGAGGCGGUGGAGCCGGUGGAUUUUGAGGAGUACCUCAUCACUCACCCUCCCAUUGUUGAGUCAGGUCCCCUAAGGGAUCUGAUUGAGUUUCCCCCAGAUGACAUCGAGGUCAUUUACACACCCAGGGAGUGUCGCACAGUGGUACAAGCUGUCCCAGAGGAAGGGGACACUGAUCCUCACGUCAGAGACUGUGUCAGAUCCUACACAGAAGACUGGGCCAUCGUCAACAGAAAAUAUCACAAGCUUGGUACAGGCUUUAACCCCAACACUCUGGACAAGCAGAAGGAGCGUCAGAAGGGUCUGCCCAAACAAGUGUUUGAGGCCGAUGAGAUGCCAGACAGCAGCAGCUACCAGGAUGACCAGGAUGACCUAAAGCGGCGGUCGAUGUCUAUAGACGACACCCCACGCGGCAGCUGGGCCUGCAGCAUCUUUGACUUGAAGAACUCCCUGCCUGAUGCCCUCCUCCCUCACCUGCUCGACCGUGCUCCCAAUGAGGAGAUUGACAGGCACAACGAAGAGCAGCGCAAGGCCAACCGCCACCGCGAACUCUUCGCUCUGCACCCAGCCCUCGAUGAGGAGGAGCCUAUUGAGCGCCACUGUGUGCCUGAAGUACCUAAAGAGCACUUUGGCCAGAGGCUACUUGUCAAGUGCUUGUCCUUGAAGUUUGAGAUCGAAAUUGAACCCAUAUUUGCUAGUUUGGCCUUAUAUGAUGUCAAGGAAAAGAAAAAGAUAUCAGAGAACUUUUUCUUCGACCUGAACUCUGAGCAGACGAAGGCGAUGCUGCGUCCACACAUUCAGACAGCAGCCAUCUCUACACUGGCACGCUCUGCUAUAUUUUCCAUUACCUACCCCUCCCAGGAUGUCUUCCUGGUCAUCAAGCUGGAGAAGGUACUGCAGCAAGGCGAUAUUGGAGAGUGUGCUGAGCCCUACAUGGUCUUCAAAGAGUCAGACGCUGCCAAGAAUAAAGAGAAGCUGGAGAAGCUUCGCAGCCAGUCAGAGCAGUUCUGCCAACGUCUUGGCCGCUACCGAAUGCCCUUCGCUUGGACGGCCAUCCAUCUAAUGAACAUUGUUAACAGUGCUGGCAGUCUUGAGAGAGAUACAGAGCUGGAGAUGAGCCUCUCAGAGAGAAAAGGCUCAUGGUCAGAACGGAGGAACUCAAGCAUCAUGGGAAGGCGUUCCCUGGAGAGGACCACCAGUGGAGAUGAGUCAUGUAGUCUGACAGGCUUUAGACCUGCAACGCUUACCAUCACCAACUUCUUCAAACAGGAGGGGGACAGGCUGAGUGAUGAGGACUUGUAUAAGUUCCUAGCAGAUAUGAGAAGGCCCUCUUCAGUUCUGAGAAGACUCAGACCCAUCACAGCCCAGUUGAAGUUGGACAUUUCUCCAGCUCCAGAGAACCCCCACUAUUGCUUAACCCCUGACCUCCUGCAGGUUAAACCUUACCCAGACAGCAGGGUACGCCCCACCAGGGAGAUCCUGGAGUUCCCUGCCAGGGAUGUGUAUGUGCCAAACACCACAUACAGGAAUUUGCUGUAUGUGAACCCUCAGAGUCUUAACUUUGCCAACCGCCAAGGCUCUGCCCGCAACAUCACAGUGAAAGUGCAAUUUAUGAAUGGAGAGGAUCCAAACAAUGCAAUGCCAGUGAUAUUUGGGAAGUCCAGUUGUGCAGAUUUCUCUAAAGAGGCCUACACUGCUGUGGUGUACCAUAACAGAUCACCUGACUUUCAUGAUGAGAUCAAGAUCAAGUUGCCUGCGUCCCUGUCAGACCACCACCACAUCCUCUUCACCUUUUACCACGUCAGCUGCCAGCAGAAACAGAACACACCUCUGGAGACCCCUGUUGGAUACACGUGGAUCCCCAUGUUGCAGAAUGGGCGUCUACGGACAGGACACUUCUGUCUUCCCGUGUCUCUGGAAAAACCACCACAAUCCUACUCUGUUCUCUCCCCAGAUGUUCCCCUCCCAGGGAUGAAGUGGGUGGAUAAUCAUCGAGGAGUAUUCAAUGUGGAAGUGGUGGCUGUUUCAACCAUUCACACACAGGACCAGUACCUGGAUAAGUUCUUUGCCUUGGUACAUGCCCUGGAUGAGCACAUGUUCCCAGUGAGGAUAGGAGACAUGCGCAUCAUGGAGAACAACCUGGAGGCCGAGCUCAAGUCCAGCAUUGCAGCUCUAAACUCUUCCCAGCUGGAGCCAGUGGUUCGAUUCCUUCACCUCCUACUAGACAAGUUGGUGUUGCUUGUAGUGCGGCCCCCGGUCAUUGCGGGACAGAUAGUGAAUCUGGGCCAGGCAUCCUUCGAGGUCAUGGCAUCCGUAGUCAACCGGCUUCAUAAGUACCUGGACACCAGCCAGGACAUGCAUGGCCGCAACAGCCUGCUGUCCUCUUACAUCCACUAUGUCUUCCGUUUGCCAAGCGCUGACCCCAACUCACCAUCGCCAGACCCCAACUCAUCCUCAACAGGCCCAGGGGGGUUGGGAGGUUCGGUUCACUAUGCCACCAUGGCUCGCUCAGCUGUUCGACCAGCCAGCCUCAACCUCAACCGCUCCCGUAGCCUUAGCAACAGUAACCCUGACAUUUCCGGUACACCCACCUCUCCUGACGACGAGGUCCGCUCCAUCAUUGGCAGCAAGGCCAUGGAGCGCUGUGGCAAUCGCAUGUCUUCGCACACUGAGAGCGCCAGUUUCUUGCAAACUUUAACAGGACGGUUGCCCACAAAAAAGCUUUUCCAUGAGGAGUUGGCCCUCCAGUGGGUGGUGAGCAGUGGGAGCGUCAGGGAGGGCGCUCUACAACAGGCUUGGUUUUUCUUCGAACUCAUGGUGAAGAGCAUUAUCCACCACCUUUACUUCACUGACCGCUUAGAGUCGCCCAGGAAGAACCGUUUCCCAGAACGCUUCAUGGAUGACAUUACAGCCCUGGUCAGCACCAUAGCUGGCGACAUUGUGUCUCGCUUCCAGAAGGACCUGGAGCUUGUGGAGAGACUAAACACUAGUCUGGCCUUCUUUCUCAAUGACUUGCUCUCAGUCAUGGACCGAGGCUUUGUCUUUACCCUAAUCCGGGCAUACUGGAAACAGGUGUCCACAAAGCUUUACACUCUGCAGAACCCAACCCUGGAGUCUUUGAGGCUUGACUUCUUGAGAAUCGUUUGCAGCCAUGAACACUACGUCACCCUCAAUCUGCCCUGCAGCCUGCUCACUCCGCCUGCCUCACCUUCCCCCUCUGUUUCUUCAGCGACUUCACAGAGCUCUGGGUUCUCCACACAUGUCCAGGACCAAAAGAUCGCCAACAUGUUUGAACUGUCCGUCCCCUUCAGAGAGCAACACUAUCUGGCUGGACUGGUACUGUCUGAACUGUCUGUAAUACUGGACCCAGACAAUGAGGGGAUGUUUGGCUUACAUAAGAAAGUGGUGAGUGUCGUUCAUAACCUCCUGUCCAGCCACGACUCCGACCCACGCUACGCAGAUCCUGAGGUCAAGGCCCGGGUCGCCAUGCUUUACCUGCCUCUAAUUGGUAUCGUCAUGGAAACGCUACCGCAGCUCCAUGACUUUACAGAGUCCCAUAACCAGUGGGGUCGGCCAGGUGGUCCCCAGGGGGCAGCAGUGGGCAGCAGCGGAGAAGAGGCAGAAGGAGAGGGUAACAGCAUGAUCAGCCAGACUGUCGCCAUGGCGAUAGCAGGCACUUCCACCGCCUCCCCAAUGUCCCGACCAAGCAGCUUCUUGCUCAACUCGCAGGCGAGUCGUCAGCAUGGAAGCUUCUCUGCCGAAUCGAGUCGUAGUCUGCUCAUCUGUCUGCUGUGGGUGCUGAAGAACGCUGACGAACUGGUGUUACAGAAGUGGUUCACAGACCUGUCAGUGUCCCAGCUCAACCGCCUGUUGGAUCUUCUCUACCUCUGCGUCUCCUGCUUUGAGUACAAGGCCCAUGUUGUGUUCACCAUGCAGGGGAAGAAGGCGUUUGAAAGAAUGAACAGCCUGACCUUUAAGAAGUCCAAAGACAUGAAGGCCAAGCUGGAGGAGGCCAUACUUGGCAGCAUCGGGGCCAGACAGGAGAUGGUGCGACGCAGCCGUGGGCAGUUAGAGCGGAGUCCAUCUGGCAGUGCUUUUGGCAGUCAGGAGAACCUUCGAUGGAGGAAGGACAUGACCCACUGGAGACAAAACAGUGAAAAGAUGGACAAGAGUCACAGAUCAGUCAGGACCAGAGCCGAGUUGGAACAUGAAGCACUUAUUGAUGGUAACCUUGCAACAGAGGCCAACUUAAUUAUUCUAGAUACCUUGGAGAUCAUUGUACAGACGGUGUCAGUGACAGAAUCCAAGGAGAGUAUCUUGGGCGGGGUGCUCAAGGUGCUGCUCCACAGCAUGGCCUGCAACCAGAGCGCCCUCUACCUCCAGCACUGUUUUGCCACACAGAGGGCACUGGUUUCUAAGUUUCCUGAACUGCUAUUCGAGGAGGAGACAGAGCAGUGUGCUGACCUGUGUUUGCGACUACUGAGGAGCUGCAGCAGUAGCAUAAGCACCAUCAGGGCCCACGCCAGUGCUUCCCUAUACCUCCUCAUGAGGCAAAACUUUGAGAUCGGCAAUAACUUUGCAAGAGUGAAGAUGCAGGUGACCAUGUCUCUUUCCUCGCUGGUGGGAACAUCUCAGAAUUUUAACGAGGAGUUCCUGCGUCGCUCUCUGAAGACCAUCCUUACGUACGCAGAGGAGGACCUGGAGCUGAGGGAGACCACGUUCCCAGACCAGGUCCAGGACCUUGUGUUUAACCUGCAUAUGAUCCUCUCUGACACAGUGAAGAUGAAGGAGCACCAGGAAGAUCCUGAGAUGCUGAUAGAUCUCAUGUACAGGAUUGCAAAGGGUUACCAGACCUCUCCAGACUUGCGGCUGACAUGGCUCCAGAACAUGGCUGGGAAACACUCAGAGAGGAAUAACCACGCUGAGGCUGCUCAGUGUCUGGUGCACAGCGCUGCUCUGGUUGCAGAAUACCUGAGCAUGCUGGAAGACCGCAAGUAUCUGCCUGUGGGAUGUGUCACUUUUCAGAACAUUUCCUCCAACGUGCUGGAGGAAUCUGCAGUCUCUGACGACGUGGUGUCACCAGAUGAAGAAGGCAUUUGUUCAGGCAAAUACUUCACUGAGAUCGGUCUCGUGGGACUCCUGGAGCAGGCUGCUGCUUCGUUCUCCAUGGCCGGCAUGUAUGAGGCAGUAAACGAAGUGUACAAGGUACUGAUCCCUAUCCACGAAGCCAACAGGGAUGCAAAAAAGCUGGCCACCAUUCAUGGUAAACUACAGGAAGCCUUUGGGAAAAUUGUUCACCAGAGUACUGGCUGGGAGAGGAUGUUUGGUACAUACUUCAGAGUUGGAUUUUACGGUUCAAAAUUUGGCGACUUAGACGAACAAGAGUUUGUGUACAAAGAGCCCGCCAUCACGAAGCUGGCAGAAAUCUCUCACAGGCUGGAGGGUUUCUAUGGGGAGCGAUUUGGAGAGGACCAGGUAGAAGUCAUUAAGGAUUCCAACCCAGUGGACAAGUGCAAGCUGGACCCAAAUAAGGCAUUCGUCCAGAUCACAUAUGUAGAGCCGUACUUUGACACAUAUGAAAUGAAGGACCGCAUCACCUACUUUGACAAGAACUACAACUUGCGACGUUUUGUGUACUGCACGCCUUUCACCCUGGAUGGGCGGGCACAUGGGGACCUUCAUGAACAGUUCAAACGCAAGACCAUCCUCACUUCCUCCCACGCUUUCCCUUAUAUCAAGACACGGAUCAACAUCAUCCACAAAGAGGAAAUUAUUUCCACACCCAUUGAGGUGGCAAUAGAGGACAUGCAAAAGAAGACUCAGGAGCUGGCUUUUGCCACCCACCAGGACCCUGCUGAUGCGAAGAUGCUGCAGAUGGUCCUACAGGGAUCAGUUGGUACAACUGUCAACCAGGGUCCUUUGGAGGUGGCUCAGGUGUUCCUGUCAGAAAUCCCCAGUGACCCAAAACUGUACAGACACCACAAUAAGCUACGGCUCUGCUUCAAAGACUUCACCAAGAGGUGUGAAGAUGCCCUGCGUAAGAACAAGAGCCUGAUUGGUCCGGACCAGAAAGAGUACCAGAGAGAGCUGGAGAGGAAUUACCACCGGCUGAAGGAGGCGCUGCAGCCCCUCAUCAACCGCAAGAUCCCUCAGCUUUAUAAACCUGUACUGCAGGUCAACUCACACAGAGAUUCCUUCAGCCGAAUGAGUCUUCGCAAGCUUGACAUUUGAAGAUGAAGAGAAUACAGACACACAGACACCCACACACACACACGACAGAAAUUGCAAUAUUAAUUUAUUCUCAUGUGUAAAUAGGAGUGUCUCUUCAAAGUUGGUCGGUGUUUCUAAGACUGAGCUAAAAGAAAGGCUAAAAGUGUUGCGGCUUGGUACGUCAUUCCAGUGUCUUAAUUUGUUUACAGACGAACUGUUACACAAUCAGAGGGACGAACAAGUGGAUCUUAAAGAUUAAAGGGAUACCUUGGCAUUUAGAGUUUUCUUUGCUGGCCAUUUGUUACAGUAGGGGAACAAGUGUUAGUAUUUGUCCCUAUCCUACCUUAAAAAAAAAACGCUAAUAAUGUGAGCCUACGCUCUUUAAACCAACAGAAUUCUGCUGGCUGUAAAGUGAUCAAACACAGAAUGUGAAGAAUGCUCCGAGAUCCCAUUAUUUGUUUAUUAAAGUGCCAAAACCCCACAUUUUGACAAGUGACUGCAGAAAAGGUACGAUUUUAAAAGUCAAGGUGUCUUUUUGAUUAUGUACGAUGUGUCAAAAAAUCUGUAUUCAAUUUCAUGUGUGCACUUUUUUAUUACGGUCUAGCAAUGCAUUUUACAACUUGAAAGUUUAUGUAAUGCAGAACGGGGGGGAGUAAAAAAAAAAAAAAGAAAAAAAAAGAAAACAUGCAAAAAAUGGUACCGUUAUUUAUCAUGAUGCUUUAUUAUCAUUUUUAGUUGAAGCAACAAUGUUUUAAAGUUAGGUACUUUAAACAUCCUUGUAUAAUUUUAUGUAGUUUUGUUUUGUUUAUUUUAAAUAUUUUACUAAAUAAAUAUUUUAAUGUUCAGUUUGUGAAAACUGGUCAUUUUCUUGCUCCCUCACUGUGUUAUUUUUGUGUUUUGUUUAUGUAGGAUUAAAGUUAUGUUGGGGACAAAU